GCCUGCACAUGCAACUCUACAAACGCAUACAAUUGUCAUUGACGCGAAGCCGCAGCAACCCACGAGCGAACACGGUCUGCUGGGGAUGCCGAAUGGCAGCAAGCGUGACCUACCCUGGCCACCUCGCCUCUUGAGUUGUACUUUGUGACAGCUUUGAAUGAUGAUGAGCCUAGGCAGGCAUACAGGUCCAACCUCCAACCCGGUUGCGGCGGUACGGCGGGCCGGUCGCAGCAACAACCCCGUCGAGCUUGGGCUUGCGCAAGCGUACGCCCCAGCCGACAUACAUAUUUUUACAGACUUGCUUACAGUCUGUCUCAAACACAAAUACACGCAAGCUUACUGGGCAUUCCAGCACUACUUGCAAUUCGCAACUGGGCUGGUCGCAAGAAGAGCAAACCCACUAGCGGAAACUCGCGCGGUGCUAUUCUUGGAGCAUAUUUGGUCAUCGCCCAGCUUUACGCGCAGGCUCGCGAACACAGGAAGCUGAGUCUCGCAGACGCGCUUAGUUACAGCAGACACAAAAGCGCUGCAGCACAGGAUCCCGGUUCGCGCGCGGGCCUGCGCAGCCAGGCCCAGCGCUUAAUAACCCUUCAGGAUGGCGCUGUGCGUCGGGCCGUCGUCCAUGACGGCGCUGGUCGCCCGCCGUAGCCAACCUAGUACCUCGCACCUGGGCAUCAGCGAGUCGCAGAUGGGCCACCACGCCGCCUGCGGUGACGCACAACCGCACAGCGGCGGUCGCGUGACUGAAGGCCUUAACUAUUACGCCGCGCAACGGGCUUUGACACCACCGGCAGGCGACGAGCCCACCACCUCGUCCGCCUGCCAGCAGCACCACCACCUGGGGCGGCGAGCCUCGCAUUCCGAGGCCACGACAAGCGAAGCCGGGGCCUCCACAUCAGCGCCGGCGCCCCACCGCCGGCAGUCGCUUUGCCAUUGCGAAGCUGGGGCUGCGCACACGGCUGCCAGCAACAGCAGCAGCGGGCUGGGCCUCACAGCCUGGCGGUCGGGGACAGGCAGUCCCCGGGAACAACAGGCGGCCUGCAGCCGAGCGUGCUCGGCAGGGCAGGCACACGGGCUAUCACAGCCGGCGCCGGGGCAUGGGAGGGCGGCCGCCCAAGCCGCACUCAUGACCGGGCGGCCACACAGCGGCUCAGUCCUCGGUAUGGCAGCUGCGCCGUCAUGCAGCGAAGCCGCCGCUACGUCCUCCUGCCCAGCGCAAGAAGCAGCAACAGCACUGAUAGGAACAGCAGGCGAGCGACCAGCUUGCCAAAACACCGGACGCUGCAACGGCAGCCGCGGCACCUGCGCCACCACCGCAGACGCCUCUGGCACUUGCCGCUGCAGCAACCACGCAGCAGCAGGACACGACGCGGCGGCUGCCACCAACACUGGCGCCGCACGGUCCUGCAACGCUCGCCUCCACAACAGCAGCACCACCAGCCGCAGCCGAGGAGGAGGAGGCGCCAGCGCCGCCCGCCUGGGCGGUCUCGCCAGCGGGCUCUCGAGCCUGGGCGGCGCCUGGCGGCGCCUGCUGCUGCUGGCCCUUCUGGCCCUGACAGCGCUGGCGCCGCCGCCCGCCGCGGCGCAGUGCCCGCCGGCACCGCAACUCUCUCAGCGCAUCCUCACCACCUGCACCUACGAGUACCGCACCUCCAUCUGCCUGUUCGUGACGUGGUGCCCCAAGUGCACCUCGCCGGCGCAGCUGGCCUACACCUCCCUGGACAUGACCAUCUGCGCCGCCGCCGGCAACACCUUCAUUGACGUGGACUGCAGCGGGUUCAGCAACUGCAUCACGCCCAACCCCAGCCCGCCGCCCUUCCCGCCCUCGCCCCCCUUCCCGCCCUCACCGCCCUCACCCAUCCCGCCGCCAAACUCUCCCACGGCGCCACCCUCGCCGCCGCCGCGGCCACCUCGGCCGCCGCCGAGCCCGUUCCCGCCCUCGCCGCCGCCCAACACCAACCCCUCUCCGCCGCCGACGCCGCCAAGCCCCAGCCCGCCGCCGCCGCCCAGCCCGCCGCCGCCCCCGCCUCCCUCUCCGCCUCCCUCACCCCCUCCUCCCCCGCCGCCGCCUCCUCCCGCCUCCGCCUCUCCGCCUCCCCCUCCCCCGCCUCCUCCCGCCUCCCCGCCCCCGCCUCCGCCGCCUCCCGCCUCCAGCCCGCCCCUGGCCGUCAUCCGCCCGCCUCCUCCUCCGCCGCCUCCCUCGCCGCCGCCCGCCCCUGGCGCCACGCUGUACGAGGUGCCCCAAACCAUGCAGCUCACCAUCGGAUACGCCAUCCCCCUCUACGUCGAUGCCACCGUCCUAGCCAACAUCGAGAACGGCGUCUCCAACGAUUUCAACAUGCCCGUCGCCGACGUGGACGCCACCAUUUACGCACGCUACCUCACCAGCGUCUACAUCCUCACGCCCAACGUGCCGCCGGCGGUGUGCGACCAAGCGCUGGAGAUUGCCUUUGAGGCCACGCUUUGCACACAGCUGGCCAUGCCCAACUGCUCCUACGUGAUAGCCGAGUGUGUCAAACCCGGCGCCCCCGCCUCCAUGACCCGCGUGCCCUUCUUCCCCACCUCCACCACCCCGCUCAUCGUCAACGUCAGCACUGCCGGCACCGGUACCACCAGCACCACCCUAAUCGCUGCCACAGUCAAGGCCGCCGGCGGCUCGCCGGCGCUUGCGGAGGCCACCGCCGAGGCCGUGGCCGCCGCCGCUGCCAAGGAGCAGCAACCGACGCAAUCGCAGGGCGAGCAGCAUCCAGCCGGCGGCUCUGCUGGCGCUUCGCGGCGGCUGUGGGGCCUGGAGGGCGGCGCCAACGAGGCCGCGGGGCUGGAGCGGCAGGCGGUGCGGCGCGGCGCGCAGGCGGUGGUGUCGCCCGACUCUGUGGCCAUGGCUGUGCGCUUCCUGAUGGACAACGAGACCGACAACGCGCAGUUCAUACUGUCCAUCUUCCAGAAGCAGAUCAACCUGCUCAACUGGCAGGUGGCCAACCCGGCGCCCGGCAACGUGAGCCAGGUCAGCAGUGUGGACAUUGUGUUGCGCAACCCGGACGGCAGCGCGCGCCCCAUCCUGUACGUGCUGGACACGCGCCUCAGCAACGACCUGGCGCUGGCGGUGGGGCUGCCCGUGUCCAAGCUCUACAUUGAGCGGCCGGGCGUGGUGUCGUACAUCCCCAGCGCCCCCAAGAAGUGCGACAACCCCGUGCUGGGCGUGCUGUGUGGCGCGGACGCGGUGGGCGCCAUCAUCGGCAUCAUCCUGGGCGGCCUGGUGCUCAUAGGCCUGGCGCUGUUCGGCAUACUGUGGAUGCGGCGAGGCCGGAUGACCAAGGUGGUGGUGAUGGACGACUUCGCCUGGGCGCGCAAGUACGCGCACAUCGUGCCCGCCAACGUCAUCGCCUCGCCCUACCUCACGCAGUACGGCACCACCUCCACCGACCCCCACGCGUACGGAGGCAUGCCGCAGUGAGCGGCGCGAUCGCGAGGAUGCACGGGAGCUGCGGCCGUGGCAGCAGCAGUUGCUGCGCAACCGCGCCGGCGCCGGCGCUGCCUGGUGCCAGUCAGUCCGCGUUGCCACCGGCGGAUGCGUAUGCAUGCCGUGCGUGGGACGCACCUCAGCACACGGACAAAGAAGACAUGACGACCAGACAGAGGACGAACGGGGGGCACGCGCUCCCCGCGAGGUUAGCUUGACACAGUGGGACGCUUGGACAUUAACGUGUGACGAGUAUUAUCAAUGGCAAGGCCAUGUGAAGGUUGGGUUGGGUGGGUGGAUGCAUUGCAAGAGCCAUGAGCAGUCUGCAGAGAUGUACGACUGAUGACAGGACAUGUUAAGGAGGUCCUGCCGUGAAGGAAGGCCGCGAGGGAGGAAGGCCCUGACCCCCUGACCCCCUCGCGCGUGUGUCACAACAAACAUUGAAGCAUGUGGGCUUCUGCAAAUGACCACACUGGUCGACUGUGUGUCAGACUUCGAGCAUUGAUUGGUGUGUGUAUUGGUUGUGGAAAUCUCGGGGGCUAAUGGGGGGGUCCUGCACUCCACUCUAGCUCGUUGCUGCGGCUUCAGCCUGUUGCCCUCCUGUGGUGGGGUUGGGCAACAGAGGCCGCAGCAGGCAGGGCUGGGCUGGAGGGAAGCGCGUGAGCGCGGUACGUCUCAGUGAGGUGCUGUGAGAUGGAGCCUACUUGAACACGAACUCUAGUGUAUUUUCUGAGCUGUAGAUGCGCCGGACGGCAUUGAUUCCCUCCCGUCCUGGCGAUUCCAACCAUUCAACCCUAGAGCGCCGAUUGGCGCAAGUAGCCCCUUUGGGUGUUCCAGCGCUAGAGUGGGCCUGGCUGGUGGGCCGGGCCCCUACGUACCGUAGCGGCACUCCGGGGGUACUGCUGCACUCUGUGUCGCACCCUCUUUCUCUCUCGGAUGCCCCAAAGCGCGAUACUGCGCGGCGGGCAAGGAAACGAGGUGUUAGUGGGAGUUCAUCGUUUGUACAGAGGCGUGCACGUGUGUGUGGAGGUGGGCGUGUUGAUGUGAGCGCGUUUUGGAAGGAGAUGGAGGAGGCUGCCAGCCCCGGCCAGAGUGGUGAUCAAGGAUCACCUGGCCUCCUGUUCUUUCUAAGGGCCGUGCACACAAGCAGAGUCAAGCUCUCUGCCAUGAAGCGACGAUGUGCGCAAAGGCUGUAAACCUCCAAACUG